AUGCCAAAGUUUAUGCUUCUCGUCCGCGCUACUCACGACAGCGAGUCCGGAAUACCACCUUCAACAGCAAUUAUCGAGGAGAUGAUGGCUUACAAUACCAGUCUAUCCGAAGCUGGCAUCCUGCUUGGUGCAGAGGGUUUUCUGUCUUCUUCUAAAGGUGCCCGUGUCAGCUUCACACCGCAAAACGAGUCGUCAGUCGCUCCUGGUCCUUUCACGAUUGAGUCAAUUAUUUCAGGGUUUUGGAUCAUCAAGAGCAAAAGUCUUGACGAAGCAAUUUCCUGGGCACGCAAGGCACCAUUCCGCGCCGAAGGAAGUGCUAUUGAAGUCCGACAGAUUGCCGGCCCAGAGGACUUUUUUGGUAAUCAGUUGACCGAUGAGCUCAAAACCCACGAAGAGGAGCUGCGGCGACGGACGGAGGAAAGAGCUGUGGGAGAGUAA